UGGGAACUGGUACGUUCUCGUUAAAUCAGAAAAACCUAUGGUCCAGCUAUUUCGAAAGUUAAUUUUUUUUACUGUUUGAAGUGUUCCUGCAAAUGGCCGAGUCAACAAGUGUGGAACCAUUUCGUUGUCCGAUAUGUCUCGAGAGGUUAAACAGCCCACGGUACUUGCCAUGUUUGCACACAUUUUGUGAGGUAUGCAUUCAGACGUACAUAUCAAGUUCGACAACCCGAGACGAAAAUGAUGAAUUCAAUGUCAUCAACUGCCCAGUGUGUAGAAAACAGGUUAAAGAACCAGAAAACGAUAUUCCCAGCGAAGGUUUGGCGAAAAGUAUCCCGCUUAAUAAGUGUGUUACGACCACGGCAGCAAAUUCAGAGACUGAAUCAGUAGUGAACUGUUUGUUUUGUAAACGAAAGAAUGAAACAGUCUCGGCAAAUCACUGGUGUAAAUCCUGUGCAGAACCUAUUUGUGAUGAAUGUAAAGAUUUCCACGCACGAGUUCCGAGUAUUCAGUGUCAUAAAAUUGUCGAGAUGAACAAUACAGUGAAAUGGAAUGAAGCCAUUGAAAUAGAUGAAAACUGUGCCAUUCACAAAGGAAAAAUAGUUGAUAUUUUUUGCCGAGACCACAACAAAUUGUGCUGUUGUGUGUGUUUUGCGAACCAGCAUAGGAGGUGUACAAAUUUUGACUCAAUUGAUGAAAUUGUGAUGAACCUUGAUAAAAGCGAUAUGACAGAAAAACUUGAAUCGCUAUCAAGCCUCCAUGAUUGCAUUAUGGAGCUACAGGAAAAAAAUAAGAAACAAACUGAUGCUCUAUAUGCUUCAAAAGAAGACAUUUGUUCUUCAUUUGCUAAGAAAAUUGAAAAAGCAAAGAUGCUUAUCGACCAAGCUCAUGAGCAGUGGCACAAACGUUUCGAGUUAGGACAUGCUCAAUACACAGACAAUAUUGAAGUCGUGUCGGAUGAACUGAAACGAUUUAAUACAACAGUUACUGAAGCAAAAGCUAUGCUUUCCUCUGUCCUAAAAAAUGGUUCUGACCGACAGAUUUUCCUUGUGCAUUGGAAAUUGCACUAUCAAAUUAAGGACCACUUCCACCGUUUGAAAGCCUUGAAAAUUUGGGACUUAGCCGCGUCUUACAUCUUUGAAACAAAACAGCUUGAUAAUAUUACCGAGCCGAUGAAGUUUGAAGAUGUCAUCGUUGUAAAAAACCAUUGUGAUGCCACACAACGAAUUUCUUUGAUCGAUAAAUCACUGUUCUUUGGAACAGGUUUACCGAGUCCUCAACAAUGGCUAGCAAGUAAGGACUUAAUGAAAACAAACUUUAAAAAGAUUUCAGGAUUUGAAACAGAAGGCAAUGUAUAUUUCGGAAUAUUUAUUGAUGACGAAAGAGCUAUUAUUUCCAGCGAAACUAAGAAAUCAUUGGAUGUGUAUGAUACUUCUGUAACUAAUCGCAAAAAAUUGGUAUGUACACACAAAUGUGAUGAUAUUCCGUAUGACAUGUGUUAUGCAUAUGGCAUGAACAAAAUAUAUGUAGCAUUUGGGCAGUUUAUUGUAAAGUAUGAAAUAAAAUUUCGAGGUACAGAAUUAACUAAGCUCGAAAGAAUUCCAGUUGAACGAAAUGUAAAGGGAAUCACAAGGACAUUAGACGGAUUCUUUACGGCCAAUGAUUCAUCAGCGUCAUUUCGUUGUAGUGAUUUUUCAAUCAGAUCUGAUAUACCGUAUGCCAGAAAAGGAAACAACCCUUUCAUUUGUUCGUCAUUUUGUGGUAAAAAGGUGGCAUACGUCAAAGAAGACAGUGUCAUAGUCACCGAUACCAAGGGAAAAAAAUUGUCGGAAUUCGUUUGUUCCUCGAGUUCUCCGAGAGGAUUAUCCUUCGACUCUGAUGAUAACAUUUUUGCUUGUUUCUUUGAUGAACAAAUAAAGCAAAUAAAAAAUGUUGGUAUACCAAGUCGAAAUGUUGAUUUGAAACAUCGUUUAUCACAUCCAUAUAACAUUGUUUUCCACCCAGGAGGUCAUAAAUUGAUAUGUUUUUAUCUUGGCCAACAUGCUUGCAUAUUUGAGAUCAGGUAAUUAUGAAAAUUGUUUGGACUUGCAUCAGUGACCUUACAUAAUUAAUAUGUAUGUAAUAUUACAUAAUUAUUCUAUAAUAACAUUAUUGUUUUCUAUUAAAUGAAUGAAAUGGCAAAACAUUGUUUUUAUCAAUCGAAAUCAUUCUUAGUGCAAAAGGUGUCUGAGAGAGCCUGUUUCUUUGAAAGAACAUUAUUGCAUUGCUGCAAAAAGAUACGAAGUAGAAAGAUGGCUUAAUCGUUCUCAAAUUGCAAACAAUUUGAAUGUCAGGAGAAUUUUUGUUAAAUGAAUGUUUUUGGGGUUGAUGACUGUGCAAAUAAUCUUAUUAU